GGAUUAUCGCCCUUAGUUGUGACUCUUGUGAAUGGGAGAAUAGCGUAAGCAAACUAUCUCAGUAGUAAAUAAAAUACUCUUAACGCUGCAGUAAUGGAACUGUGCCUGACAUACCAUGUACCUUUUGGGAAGACUCUUGACUGGAGAUGUCUCGUGACCCGAUUCACCACUAGGUCAGGUACUCUGCGGUGAACGACUCUCGAAAGCUAUUGUUACGCCCAGUGAGGUAUAAAGUAGAUGUCUUUAUCGCGCAGCUGUAGUGCAGGGUUAGUUCUGCAUUGUCACCAUCAAUCGUAUCUCCGAGAAAAUAUUAUUUGGUCGAAACGAAAUCUGUCUGUCGAUCAUUUGAUGGCUUCAACAAUUAAACACCCUAAGUACCCCAGCUUCGUGCAUUUAAGCACGAGAGGUACAUUCUACGACGUCGGCUACAAUGUUGGUGUUAGUUUCAGUCGUCAGCUGCAAUGUUUUUUCGCAGAAUCAAAAGACAUUCAGAACAAACUUUUACCAUUUUAUGACAGUUCCUUUGGCCGCCAGUAUUUCGAAGAAUCCCUGAAAGUGACUCAAGAGUGUUUCCCGCGGUACAUAAGGGAGGUGCAAGGCAUGUCUGAUGGCAGUGGAAUACCAUUCGCACAUUUGUUCAUGAACAAUGUCUCCAAAGAAGUGUACAAUGUUUUGUUGGAUCCACUGUACAAAGAAAAAGAAAGCUUACAAAAAAAUAAAGCAGACAAAGAAAAAAGCAUAGAUAAUUUUGGAUGUAGUGAUGUUUUCAUUAACAGACCAGACCUAAAAGUUAUUGUGCAUAACGAAGACUGUGAUCCUUUGAUGAAACCAUAUGGUUACCUACUCUCUGCAGAUAUAGAAGAUGAUGGAGUUAAGGAAGAGUUCAGUGCAUUUUGCUACCCUGGGUACCUGCCAGGAUGUGCAUUUGGAUUUAAUGCUCAUGGUUUGACAAUCUCUGUAGAUGGCUUGUACCCAGAUAAGAUUACAAGAAAUUCUCCUGGCAGAAUUUUUCUCAACAGAGCCUUGCUAAGUGCUAAAGAUAUUCAGGAUGCUUGCCAUAUCCUUGAAAACGAACCAUUUGGAACAUCAUUUGCAUUUUGUGCUAACAUUAGCACUGCUGAACAUGAAAUGUAUUCCAUUGAAGUAGGCCCAAACAAGCCAAAGUCAGAUUUGCACAUUUAUCAAAUUCAAGAACAAAGUGAUGUCAGCAAACCGUGUCAUUACUAUCAUUUCAACAGUUACCAGCACCUUCCGGUACUUGAAGCUCGUCCUCUUCUCAGUUCAAAGGCUCGAAAAAAGCGAUCAGAUGAAUUACCGCCACCUAGGACAUUGGAAGAUGCAUUGCAAGUCAUGAGUGAUUCAGAAAACAAUCUUUUCCCAAUAUUUCGAGCUCCUGGACCAGCAGAUUCAGCAGAAACAGUUAGUACUACGGUUUUUGAUGUUCUGACCAGGAAAGUGUUCAUCUAUCAAGGCAAACCAGCAGCUGUCAGCAAUAAGCCUAUUAUCAACUUGCCAAUGUACAUCUAGUUUGUACAUAUGCUGUCGUCAAUAACAUUCCUGAUGAAUUACAGGUCAAGAAAAAGAGUUUUGUGCAACUACCAUUAUAAGUGAAUGUGAAACUUAUGGAAUAACCAGUUUUUGUGAAUUUUCUCAUGAUUUUCUCUCCAUAUCAUUUCCUUUGCUGGAGUACAAAUUAUGGAUUUAUUAUUAAAAAAAGUCUUUAAAAAAACAACAUGAAAACAACAUGUAGCCAAAGCCCUUGUGCAAACACAAACGCACGCACACUUGUGACCACUCUGCAGGGAAGGAUUACAACUGUCAGUGCAUGUGUACUCAGUCUUUACAAGGUGUCACACCACCUGUGCAGAUAAAGAUGUCGAUCAAAGCAGGUGAAGGUUUAUCGGAGGGUUGGGUGCAUAAAACGUCUUAUGACUACUUUAUCUGCUCUUUAGUCUCGCUCACAUGGGCGUUGUCGGCAACAUGCAGAUUAUCAAGAUCUGUCUCAUUAACGGUAUUUUAACCUGACCUAUUGCCUGAUUAUUAAAGGGACAAUGUAACUGUAAAAUAGCACUUGACCCCUGCAUGCUGCUGCUAUGACUGCAGUUAUGUUCGGCCAGUAAGAUUUGGCUACGGAGGUUUGACACAUUUUGCUCAGUCUAACAUUUGAAGCUUUUCUUAAGCUGUGAUUAAGAGUUCAAAUUGCAAAAAAUCAGGUAUACAAGUGUGUGUAAAAUAGUACCUGAACUUUCUGCGGGUGCAAUCAAUACAGUUAGUCGGCGCGUUGAAGGACAAGUAGAGUGCAAAUUUCAUGAUUGGGUAAAAUUCUGUGCAAGAUAUUAUUUCCCCAAAUCUGCACAAAUACCACUCUGAUAGCAUUUAAACAUUUUAUAAACGGACAUCUCUUCCGCUCUUUAGGUACACAAUAAAACAUCAUGUGGGAGAAAGGAGGUCAACAACACAGAUGUCAAAAUUGCAUGUGGACACGCUUUAGUUGUCAAGGGCUCAGCGAAUGGGAGAAAGCUGUAAUUAGAUGUUCAUUAGGUCGUUUCUGUGUACAAACAAGUCGUCGCAAUUUCGAUCUCUCUCUUUAUGCAUGGAGAAGUCAGUAAGUGUGUAGAGUGUAGAUUUACAACGCUUUACUAGCUGCUUUGAGAAAAUACUUAUUCAGAUUGUGUUAUUGUUAUUUUUGCAGUUAAUAAACCAGAAAAAGAUCAUGUGCAUGGAUCAUCACCUUAUUUCAAAACGCAUGCGCGCGCAUACACACACUGUCUCUCUCUCUCUUUCUCUAUUUCUUUCUCAUCUUACCUGAAAGCCGUAGCUUCAGUCUGUU